AUGCAUUCCAGGAAUUUUUGUGUGAAGGGCGCAAGAUGCAUGGUGGGUGCAACAUGCAUGGCGGGUGCAACAUGCAUGGCGGGUGCAACAUGCAUGGCGGGUGCAACACAUGCAUGGCGGGUGCAACACAUGCAUGGCGGGUGCAACAUGCAUGGCGGGUGCAACACAUGCAUGGCCCCAUCUCACACUCGCGACCCCUGGCCCUUGCCUCAUUACACCCAUACUCAACCACCUGCAGAGUUCUUCCUCUCACCCCUUCUCACGCCUUUAAACCCCUUCUCUCCCCUUCUCACCCCUUCUCAUCCCAUCUCAUCAUUCUCAUCCCACCUCUGUCCCCACUCCCCCUUUUCCCCGCGCGCAUGUCACCAGGUGCUGUGCAAGGCGGCAUCAGGCCUGGCUCGCACCAACGUCAUUCUCUCCAUGGUGGAUGCAGCAGUACAGCACUUUGGACUGCACGUCACAGUGGCGCCUCUCUUCAUCGCCACGCUCUCUGGCUGUGGGGGUCGGCUCAUAUACGACGCAGUGCUAGCCCUCGUCUCUCCCUCCGCUUCCAAUCAUCCCGAGCUGCUCUACCCCUCAUGGUCCGUACUCGCGCUCGGCCUUCCUGGUGACCCUCUUCUACACCUUCACGGUGCACUGGACAGCAUGGUGCUCCAGACAUGCAGCCUAUGGGGCCAGGGGCCAUCGCCUCUGCUGCACUCACCACUACCACAUGCCACUCUCACCUGCUGCUCUCCCUCCUCUCCUCACCCCCUCUCCAACCCCCCCCAGGUACUCACGCUCGGCCUUCCUGGUGUCGCUCUUCUACACAGUAGCAGUGCACUGGACAGCAGUGUGCUCCAGACAUGCUGCCUACGGGGCUAUCGCCUCUGCCAUGGUCUGUACCGCACUGCACCCUGCUGUCACCUGCCCUCACCUGCCCUCACCUGCCCUCACCUGCCCUCACCUGCCUUCACCUGCCUUAACCUGCCCUGCCCUCACCUGCUCUCACCUGCUGUAGCUGCUGGGGCUACUUUGAGCCGCUGCUGCACCCACUGUUUUCCCUGGCCAAGCCUCACACCCCCGCCUCUACCACCACCACCACCACCAGCAGCAGCACAGCAGCAGCUGACGCCAGCAGGCCAUCCCCUGGCAGAAGCAGCACGGCCACCACCACCUCGGGCAGCAGCAGCAGCGCAGCAUUGUCACAGCCCAGCAGCAGGAGCGAGCAGGGAGCAUGUGGAGACAUAUGUCUUCAUAGCGGUCCCUCAAGUGGCUCCCUCAAGUGGCUCCCUCAAGUGGCUCCCUCAAGUGGCUCCCUCAAGUGGCUCCCUCAAGUGGCUCCCUCAAGUGGCUCCCUCAAGUGGCUCCCUCAAGUGGCUCCCUCAAGUGGCUCCCUCAAGUGGCUCCCUCAAGUGGCUCCCUCAAGUGGCUCCCUCAAGUGGCUCCCUCAAGUGGCUCCCUCAAUGGCUCCCUCUAGUGGCUCCCUCUAGUGGCUCCCUCAAGUGGCUCCCUCAAGUGGCUCCCUCAAGUGGCUCCCUCAAGUGGCUCCCUCAAGUGGCUCCCUCAAGUGGCUCCCUCAAGUGGCUCCCUCAAGUGGCUCCCUCAAGUGGCUCCCUCAAGUGGCUCCCUCAAGUGGCUCCCUCAAGUGGCUCCCUCAAGUGGCUCCCUCAAGUGGCUCCCUCAAGUGGCUCCCUCAAGUGGCUCCCUCAAGUGGCUCCCUCAAGUGGCUCCCUCAAGUGGCUCCCUCAAGUGGCUCCCUCAAGUGGCUCCCUCAAGUGGCUCCCUCAAGUGGCUCCCUCAAGUGGCUCCCUCAAGUGGCUCCCUCUAGUGGCUCCCUCUAGUGGCUCCCUCAAGUGGCUCCCUCAAGUGGCUCCCUCAAGUGGCUCCCUCAAGUGGCUCCCUCAAGUGGCUCCCUCAAGUGGCUCCCUCAAGUGGCUCCCUCAAGUGGCUCCCUCAAGUGGCUCCCUCAAGUGGCUCCCUCAAGUGGCUCCCUCAAGUGGCUCCCUCAAGUGGCUCCCUCAAUGCCUCCCUCUAGUGGCUCCCUCUAGUGGCUCCCUCAAGUGGCUCCCUCAAGUGGCUCCCUCAAGUGGCUCCCUCAAGUGGCUCCCUCAAGUGGCUCCCUCAAGUGGUUCCCUCAAGUGGCUCCCUCAAGUGGCUCCCUCAAGUGGCUCCCUCAAGUGGCUCCCUCAAGUGGCUCCCUCAAGUGGCUCCCUCAAGUGGCUCCCUCAAGUGGCUCCCUCAAGUGGCUCCCUCAAGUGGCUCCCUCAAGUGGCUCCCUCAAGUGGCUCCCUCAAGUGGCUCCCUCAAGUGGCUCCCUCAAGUGGCUCCCUCAAGUGGCUCCCUCAAGUGGCUCCCUCAAGUGGCUCCCUCAAGUGGCUCCCUCAAGUGGCUCCCUCAAGUGGCUCCCUCAAGUGGCUCCCUCAAGGGCUCCCAGAAUAG